CAUCAGUAGCUGCGCGGCACUUGCAGCGGCGGAUCGCCGGAGACGGAGCGCUUUCACUCACUGUGGCGAUCAAAGUUGAGCGCGACACGCUGAUGACCUGCGAGCAUCCUCCGGGGAAACUGUGCAUUUGACUGGCUUAACGAGCGUCAGUUUCCAUCUCUUCACCACAGAUCAUUUGUUGCUGUCGUGGCUCCGCUGUCCAACAGUCCGAAGGCUGCGUUUCAACCCAGCGCACUGACGGAUACGGACAGACUCCGAGGAUCACAGAUGGACUGGCUCACACCUGAGAUGUGAAGUGUGUUAUGUGAGCCAAGGUGUUUUCCCACCUCGCUGGUGGUGGGGAGAGAUGCUGCACUCCGUUGCCAUGACAGCAGAAGUUCUCUUUGUUCUGGGGUUCCUGAUGGGCGCCGCUCAGUGUAAUCCUAUAGCGACCUUACCAGCGAGCCGAGAACGCCUAGAAAGAGUGUUGACCCAAGCCAGAGAGGACAAACACCAGGACAUGCAGGCCCCCGAGGAACCGCCGGGAUACGGUGCUCAGCAGAGGCCAGAGGAAAUCAAUUCUUUGGGCCUCAACAGGACUGCUGUGAGCCGCACCAGGCCAAACAUCAACUCCCAGACACGAGGAUCUAAGGGCGCGAAGCCCCAGGAGCUGUGGACUGAGCAGGACACCCUGAACCAAAUAGACGAGGGCCCCACCAGUGACGUCACCCUCUCCCUGGACGCCAUCGACGAGUACGCCUACCCAGACUACAGGGGGAAAGGCUGCAUGGAUGAGAGCGGCUUUGUAUUUGCCAUCGGUGAGGAGUUCACCCCGGGCCCUUCGACGUGCCCUUGCCUCUGCACAGAUGAGGGCCCUCUGUGCACCAAGCCAGAAUGUCCCAAGGUUCACCCUCGCUGCAUUAAAGUGGACACUAGCCAAUGUUGCCCUAUGUGCAAGGAGAAAAAGAACUACUGCGAGUUUCGUGGCAAAAUCUACGCCUCGCUAGAAGAGUUUAAGGUGUCUCCAUGUGAGAAGUGUCGAUGUGAGCCAAGUGGGGAGGUGUUGUGUUCUGUGGCAGCCUGCCCUCAGACUGAGUGUGUGGACCCGGAGUACGAGCCGGAUCAGUGCUGUCCAAUCUGCAAGACUGGGCCAAACUGCUACGCGGACACAUCAGUGAUACCGGCCGGCCGAGAGGUGAAGAUUGAUGAGUGUACAAUCUGCUACUGCACAUACGAGGAGGGCACAUGGCAGAUUGAGCGUCAGGCCACCUGCAGUAAGAACGAGUGCCAGCGGAGCUAGAGACUGGCACGGUCUGAGGGGACAUUGGCACGCAACACCAGUGCCAAUCUGCAUGUAAACUCUCGGCCUUUUCACCCAAUCUACCGGACAUCAGGGUCGGACAGCAGCCCCCGAGCAUUUCAGCAUUUAUAGUCACUCUACUGAAAAAAAAAAGCUUUUAUGAAAGUUUAUAAUCCACACACAGAAUAUCUAUUUAUCUAUGUAUUAAAUUAUUUAUGAAUAUAUACAAAUAUAGGAGUAAUUAAUGCUGAACUAGUGAACAGAUAUUUUUUAUAGCCUCUGUAUUUUAUUAAGCAAUGUAUUGGACCAGAGGUCAAUAAAACAGAAUGUAUAGAACACACACAGCUGUCUUUGGAGGUGAAAACCUCAAUGUCUCGACAUGCGGUGUCACCUGACAAAUCCUGACACCCGUCCCUCUACCACCAAAGUGCAGACUAUGUGCGAUCCAUUUCAGAUUGAUGGGUUAAGAUUAACUGUUUGGGAAGAUCAAGUGCAGAGUUAAAAAU